AUAUGUGUUGAGGUGCAAGAAUAACGAAGUGUUGAAGGCAUGGACAAAAGAAUGAUGAUGAUUGAUGAGAAAUUGAGAACAGGCACAGUGGCAGUAUUGUAAAUAAAUAGAAAAAAGUAGUGUGUGUGUGAAGCGUGAUUCAUCAUCAUCUUCUUCAUCCGUUGUGUGUCCGUUUCUUGUUCAACUCAGAACUCAGAACUCAGAACUCAUAACUCAGAAGAAGAGGAAAUGGCGACACUUCCCUUCUUCCCUUCCUUAAUUCCUUCUUCUUCUUCUUCUUCUUCUUCUUCUUCUUCUAACAACCUUCACCUACUUCAUCAUUCCUCAACUGCACACUUUCACCUUCACGCUUCUUCUUCUUCUUCUUCGGUUUCUGCUACUACGAAGCACAACACUAAAACCACAAGGACUCGCAGGAGAAGUCGGAGGCUCAAAACCGACGCCGAGAUCUGCAACGAUAUCCGAGAGUUCCUCGCCUCCGUUGGCCUUCCACACCACCAUGUUCCCUCCACCAAGGAGCUCCUCAGCCACGGAAGGAACGACCUGGCAAACAUUGUCAGACGGAGGGGACAUAAACAAAUUGAGGAGCUUCUCACGAGUUCAUUCAAUGCCAAUCUUGAUUCCGAAACCUCUGUCGAUGAGAGACCGGAUUCUGCUGAUGAUUGCCGAGGUCUAUUGACAGGUCAGAAUGGGAAUGUGGACAAUUUGGUUGAUGAUGUAACGCCAUCAACUGAAGUUUAUUCCGGGAAUAAUUCUGGUAGUUUGGACAUUGAUUCGACUAAAAGUUUAGAUGAAUGUACUUCCACCCCUGUAGAAUCCUCUGCAAAUCCAAUGAUGGAUAAUGGCAUUAGUGAGCUGACAGAUCACAUUGAAGUGGUCGACCCUGUAGAGGAGGGUUAUUUCUACCACGCUGAAGUGGCUGUUUCAGAUAAUGAUUUCAGUAGUUCAAGGGAAGGCCUUUCUGCUAACUUCAAUAAUCAAAGUUCCAUCAUGCCUCUAGAAAUUUCUGGUGAACAACCAUUUGGGUCAGAGUAUUCUGAAAAUUCGGAGAGUGAGCAUAGUUUAGUGGGAAAAACAGUUGGAGACAUAAACUUACCCUCCCCAGUUCUUUCCAUGGAAAACCAUUACAGUAGUUCAUUUAAUGAUUCCGAGACUGUUGACACUGAAGAGUACACGUGUGAAUUAGAAGCUUUAGAUGACAGCAAUAACAAUACUGCUGAAGAUGUUCCCUCAUUCUUUGAAGUUUCUACUAUGGAAAACCUAUCUGUUGAGAACCAAGGUGAUUCAGCUCAUUCUUCUGGGAGCAGUUCCAUAAAUGUAGACUCUUUGGCCAACUUGUCUUUGGAGGAAAAGGCUGCAAAUUUUAUUCAGAAUGGAGAUUUAGAUCCAGUUGAAGGUAUCCUUCCACCUGAAGACAAUAAUUCUAUGGCACAUAAUGGGAGCUCAUUGACAUCCCAGCAUGUUGUUCGAUCUGGAACAUCGAAUCAGCUCUUUGGGGAUGAGCAGAUGCAGCAUGUGGAUCUAACUACAAAUUCUGAUGAAGAUUUGGAUGCUGAGGUUUCAAACGUGCCAAAUCAAAGCGAGAUAAACUAUCUCAAGUUCAUGCUGUAUCAGAAGGAGUUGGAGCUGUCUCGGCUGAAGGAACAGAUCCAGAAGGAAAAGCUUGCUUUGUCUGUCCUACAAACCAAGGCAGAGGCAGAAAUUGACAAAGCCAGAAAAGUUAUAUCUGAAAAAGAUGCAGAGUUACACGAUGCUGAAGAAAGUCUUACGGGUCUCAAAGAGGUUCAGCUCGAGUUCUGUGGCGAUGCUGAGGUUGUGGAGGUUGCCGGUAGCUUCAAUGGUUGGCAUCACCGAAUCAAACUGGAUCCUCACCCGUUGGCUAGUGCCGUAGACUAUGGUGGAUCAAGGAAAACACGUUUUUGGUCAACAACGCUGUGGCUUUAUCCUGGCGUGUAUGAGAUAAAAUUUGUUGUUGAUGGCCACUGGAGAUUAGAUCCUCAACGGGAGUCUGUAUCAAGAGGUCACAUAUGCAACAACAUUCUAAGAGUAGAUAAAUGAAGCAUUUUAGCUGGUCACAAAAGCUACAUGUAUAUACAAAAAGGGUACAUAAAAUGAAGACACUCUUUGCUGUGAAUUUCUGAACAAUCACUGACAGCAAUAUGGACAAAAGGGGGACACAACUGACAAGCAUGCGAAUGAGCAGAGAAUUUUGAUCGUGUAUCUUAAUACAUACUAGCUAAACGCAGUUUGUACAUUCACUUUAGGUCUAUUAGAAAGAUUAAGACAUCACAUCAUCGCGGACUAUGCAUGAAUUUCUUAGGAACUAGGUUUAGUUUGGAAGAGUCUUGGCUCCAAUUUUAUGCGCCAUCGUCAUUGUAUCAGACUAUCAAUCAAUUAGAAGAAAAUGUAGCUUCCUUUUCUUUUUAAUCCUACUUUUCCUUCA